AGGAGGAGAAGGCAGUCCCAUCUCGCACGUUGUGCGGUGGGCCGUUCCGCCGGGGUCGGGAUGGGAUUGAUGGGUUUGCGUCGUUGAGGCCGAGGCAUUUCUUGUUUGGUGAAGCGGAAGUUUUGGUCGGCGUCAGAAAUCACAAGUAACAUAUGAGAACUGUGUGUGAAGUGUGCGGGGAUAUUGGAUUUGAACACCUCAUGGUAUGUUGCAGUGACUGCAAAGGAUCUUCUACACACCGAUACUGUUCGGACAAAGUUCUUUUUGAUGGAGCAUUAGCAGACUGCUGGUUCUGUUAUGACUGCCAACAAAAGCAUGGUGAAGAUCCUUGCAGCGGAUCUAUAGAUAAGGUGUCUAGUGAAAAGAAGCCAGGUUAUGCUCAUUUUUGUGAUUUAGAGAACCAGCCAAUUACCAAAAGAUCAGGGUCAGCAAGGGAUGAUGCAGCGGCAGGGAGAAACGGAAAAAGCAAUCCAUACAUGAAAAAAAUUAAGUCUCUCAGAAAAAUAUAUUCUCCAGAAAAGAAUUCUCCAUGGAAGAAAAGCACUGAAAAGAAGUCCAGUGUGCGACCAAUGGGCAACUGCACCAAUAGAAAAGGGCGCAAUGCUACAAGUAUUGGGCGUACAAGUGAAAAGGUAUUACCUUGUGAAACUAUUGGGACUGAGUCAGCUAAGAGCAACAAUGGUGAGAACUCGCAGAUCAACAAUGAAGACUACUCUGUUCACCCAUGGAACAAUGUUAAGCAGCCUUACCCUGUGAUUGUGAAUUGCUUGGGUUUUAAAUUAGGAGAUAUUGAUCUCUUGAAAAUGAGGAGAGGUCGCAAACCGAAGAUCUCCCAAUCAGUAACAGCACCACUCAAAGGAUUUGCUGUCAUGGAGAAGAAUUCUAUUUUAGGAUCAAAGAAUCGAAAGCCUUCAAGUCCCACAUCUGGGCGUGGAAACUCAGCUAAUGAGAAAAGUGGAGACAAAUUGAAUUGUAUGGACAGUGGUGCAGACUCCUCUUUCAAGCCCAGAGAUCAUGAUGAUCUGACAGAUCACCCUGAUCCACUUGGAUGCAAGAAUACAAAAGUUAAUUCUGUAGAGGAUAAUAGAAAUUCAGGUGGUGAACAUCAAAACACAUAUCAGGCAGCGUCGUUACCGUUACCGACGAAUAACAAGUGUCAAGUGCAUGGUGGUAAUAGAAAUGUCAUAGAUUACGUGGCGCUAGAAAGAGAAGAUGAAGAGAUCAGGCCCCAACAGGAUUGUAGGGUUAGCACUGAGUUGCAACAGAGAAUCAUCACUGCGAAUGUAACACAGCCUUCCAGUCUGGAAAAUGGUGUUGCGGACAAAGUCACACUGCAUUCAUCAAACAUGGGUGUGUUGCCCGAACGAAACAACUGCACGCCAUCUGAGCACAUUGAAAAUGAAAAUCAAAUGGAAUAUCAGAGCGAGAAAUCAAAGCUAUUGGAUCCGGCAAAAUCUAUUCUUGCAAACACUGCUACAGAAGAGGAAAUUUCCAAUCCUGUUCAAAACUUUGGCAAGAAAAAACCAAGGAAACGAAGAAAACUCAUUCUGCUGAAUGAUGAUGACAAUGAAGAGAAGAAUGUAGAUGUGCAGUUGGAAAAUGUUAGUCCUCGAUCUCUUAAGAAUGAUGGACCAAUGAUGAAGCAUAGAGUCGCCAAUGAGUAUCAUGUGGAAGCAGCUGCACUGACGGGAGACUUCAGGAAUCAAAAUCCCAAUAAUGGUAGACCUGUGAAGAAACAAAGAGGGUACAUAAAUUUCAACAAAGAUGAAGAUGCUGUUGUCGGUGCUGCAAAUUCAGAUUUUGCUCUGGAUGAUGUUACAAACUAUGCUCUAAAUGAUGGCACAAACAUGGCAUUAGAAAAUGUUGUUGCAAAUGAUCAUUGCCUACAAUCUAGAAUGAUAUCAAAUUCAGAAUCUACUGAUCUGUAUAUUUACUCACAACCUGCUGAUGAACCUAUUAGGAGUGUAGUCUUGAUGGUAAACAGUGACGUGUCUGUUAAGAUGGAUGUACACUUAUCAAAUAAAGCAUGUCAGAAAGUGUGGGAAUUUUCAAAGUCAUUGCAACAGGUACUUGAAGUAGAGAAGGUCCCUUCGUUGCAAGUUCGGCCAAAGAGAUGGAGGUCUUCAGGACCUACUCAUGACUGCAUCGGAUUGUUUUUCUUCCCACAUAGUUUUAGGCCAGACGAAGUAUCAAACAAACUCAUGAGGGAAAUAAUAGAGAGUGAUAGUGCGUUAAAAUCUACAGUUGGUGUUGCUGAUCUAUUGAUCUUCCCCUCUACCAUAUUGCCAGAACAAAAUCACUUGUACCAGGGGAAGCACUACCUUUGGGGAACGUUCGAACGAAGGAAAGACAUGUCUGACAAAGGUGUUGUAGCUAGAGAACAAGAUGGUUCAACAUGUGCUGAAGAGGAAUGUAGACAACAAGAACAUAAAUUUUUCGACCAACAAGAUGGUUCAAGGGAACUACAGGAACAACACAAGCCUUCAGACCAAGACACUACUGUUGUGAAUCAUGUAGAGAGUCAGCAGCUGGUGGUGAAGUUCGAUUCUGAGGCACAAAUGGAGGCUAUGAAGAUUCCCAUAGUGGGAUCAAACAGCUCAAUGCAUUCUGAACAAACGAACCAGCAUGAAGGCAUCACCUCUUCACCGGAAUUUAAUGCCCCAAAUGCCGCCCAACCAUCUGCUGAGGGUGAUCACAGACAAUCCUGCUCUGGCUCAGAUCCUCCCACCACGAAACUGUUUGGCAUCCUCAUUGCUGAGACACCAAGAGCUCGGCUAUUGUUCCAAGAGAUGGCUAGUGAAGGCACACUAGUAUUCCCCGUGCAGGAAGAGACUGUGAUUGCUGAUUAUACCAGCACAUGCAGCAUUGCUGGAAUUGGAUCUGGACUGAACCCUGACUAUCAGCAUCUGCUUGAGCGUUCUCAACCCUUUGAUUUCAUUUCGACAGGCCUCAAUGAGCCUCCUCAGGCUGAUGUGGUGGCUUCUGAUGGCUGUCUGGAGCUGUUCCCCGUUCGGAAGGAGCAGAUUGGAUGGGCUCCCGGGGCAGAAGCCAGGAGCAUGGAAGUAGACCUUGAGCUGAGCCUUUCCGUGCCCUCGCAGCCGACCCCCGUGUUUCAGGUCUAAAGAAGCUUUGAUCCAGAGUUUUUUGGGAAUGUUACAAGGUUCAUUGAUAUUAUAGUGGUUUCCAUAGGUCACAUAUGACUGCUUUCUUUUGCCAAUGCAAGUUUUGUAGUGCAGGCUUUCUUUUGCGUAGUGGGUAAGGCUAUCUACGAGAAGUUUUGGAUUGGACAUUGAGUAUGAUUUUCUAUUCAUAAAUCGUAGGUACAUGUUUGGUUAA